AUGUAUUUGGAUACGAAAAACUUGAUGGCCGCCAGCCAAAGCACCACAGCUUUACCAGCAACGCCAAAAAGUUCUUUGCGCAUGCGCAAAGUUUGGCAGCCCUUGCGACGUUUGCUAUCAGUGGGUGGCCAAAAAAACCGCGCACCCCGACACCCCAACAAUGUGGACCUGAAUAAUACACAGCCAGAGCUGCGCGUUGCCCUCGAGCCUCUCGAUCUGCAGGCCGAGAGCAAAACACUGGAGGAAUCACAGAAGAUCGCACAAAGCUUGGAGGAUGAGCGCUUAUCACUGCCAGAGUUGUCACCACCGCCCAACACACCCACACUUAUCAGCAGCGUCAGUGUGGAGAAGGCUAGUCCGCAAAGUUGUCGCGCCUGUCAGCAUGGACGCAACUGCCAGCACGGGCACCACAACACAACAACAACAACAACAGCAGCUACAGCAGCAUCAGCGACAGCAACACAUCACAGUUCCAGUUCCAGUUCCAAUGCCAGUUCCAAUGCCAGUCCACAAUCGCCCACUUUGUUGGACUUGAGUGUCAUGGAGGCGCUCAACUUGCCCCUGCAGUACAUUAGCACCGACAACGGCACCUUCUUCUGGGCCAACACACAGGAGCGGGUGGACGACGAUCUGCUCCAUGCCUGGCUGUGUCAGAGCUUCAGCCAACUCCCCGGCACACUAUGCUAG